CCCUCCCUCCUUCCCAGUCUGGGCACCGGAGCCUGUGACCGCUUCGUUAGCGGAGAGGUAGCUGCCAGUCCGCUUCGGCGGGCCUGUGCCCCGCGCUGUUCUGCGGGCCUCCCUACUGAGCUCGCGGCUCACGCCGAGAGGGACACGCAGUGACGAGCGGCCGAAGCAGCUUUGCGGUUUUGUAGUGCAUCCCUGAGCAUGAGCGCAGAAUGAAGCGGCGUUUGGAUGACCAGGAGUCACCGGUGUAUGCAGCCCAGCAGCAUCAAAUCCCUGGAAGCACAAAAGUUUUUCCUCACUGGCACCAGGUGCUUGCCCCCACCCCUCCUGUGUAUGAUGCAGGGGCAGAGACCAUGCAGUCAGCCACAGGAAUUCAGUACUCUGUAACACCCGGCUACCAGGUUUCAGCCGUGCCACAGAGCUCCGGCAGUCAUGGGCCCACCAUAGCAGCAGUUCAUAGCAGCCAUCAUCACCCAACAGCUGUGCAGCCCCACGGAGGCCAGGUGGUCCAGAGUCAUGCUCAUCCAGCCCCACCAGUUGCACCAGUGCAGGGACAGCAGCAGUUUCAGAGGCUAAAGGUGGAAGACGCACUGUCCUAUCUUGACCAGGUGAAACUGCAGUUUGGUAGUCAGCCUCAGGUCUACAACGAUUUCCUUGACAUCAUGAAGGAAUUUAAAUCGCAGAGCAUCGACACUCCAGGAGUGAUUAGUCGUGUGUCCCAGCUAUUCAAAGGCCACCCUGACCUGAUAAUGGGAUUCAACACCUUCUUGCCCCCUGGCUACAAAAUUGAGGUGCAAACCAAUGACAUGGUGAAUGUGACAACUCCUGGCCAGGUUCAUCAGAUUCCCACCCAUGGCAUCCAGCCCCAGCCUCAACCACCACCCCAACAUCCUUCCCAGCCUUCAGCCCAGUCAGCCCCAGCUCCUGCCCAGCCAGCUCCUCAGCCCCCACCUGCCAAAGUCAGCAAGCCUUCCCAACUACAAGCACAUACUCCAGCCAGUCAGCAGACUCCCCCACUUCCACCAUAUGCAUCCCCACGUUCUCCGCCGGUCCAGCCUCACACACCAGUGACAAUCUCGUUGGGAACAGCCCCAUCCUUGCAGAACAAUCAACCUGUGGAGUUUAAUCAUGCUAUCAACUAUGUUAAUAAGAUCAAGAACAGAUUCCAGGGCCAACCAGACAUCUACAAAGCGUUCCUGGAGAUUUUGCACACAUAUCAGAAAGAGCAGAGAAAUGCCAAGGAAGCUGGAGGAAACUACACUCCAGCAUUGACAGAGCAAGAGGUGUAUGCCCAGGUGGCUCGUCUCUUUAAAAACCAGGAAGAUUUGUUGUCAGAGUUUGGACAAUUCCUACCAGAUGCCAACAGCUCCGUGCUUUUAAGCAAAACAACUGCUGAGAAGGUUGAUUCUGUGAGAAAUGAUCAUGGAGGCACUGUCAAGAAGCCCCAACUGAACAACAAGCCGCAGAGGCCUAGCCAGAAUGGCUGCCAGAUCCGCAGACACCCUACAGGAACCACUCCUCCAGUUAAGAAGAAACCCAAACUCCUCAAUCUAAAGGAUUCUUCUAUGGCAGAUGCCAGCAAACACGGUGGUGGAACAGAAUCAUUAUUUUUUGAUAAGGUUCGAAAGGCUCUUCGGAGUGCAGAAGCCUAUGAAAAUUUUCUACGCUGUCUUGUUAUUUUUAACCAGGAGGUGAUUUCUCGCGCUGAGCUUGUGCAGCUAGUCUCUCCUUUCCUGGGGAAAUUCCCUGAGUUGUUUAAUUGGUUUAAAAACUUUCUGGGCUAUAAGGAGUCUGUACAUCUGGAAACUUUUCCAAAGGAGCGAGCCACAGAGGGCAUUGCCAUGGAGAUAGAUUACGACUCUUGUAAACGAUUGGGCUCCAGCUAUCGAGCCCUACCAAAGAGUUACCAGCAGCCCAAGUGUACCGGACGGACUCCUCUCUGUAAAGAGGUUUUAAAUGAUACCUGGGUUUCCUUUCCUUCGUGGUCUGAGGACUCCACCUUUGUGAGUUCCAAGAAGACUCAAUAUGAAGAACAUAUUUAUCGUUGUGAAGAUGAACGCUUUGAGCUUGAUGUAGUUUUAGAAACCAAUCUGGCAACCAUCCGGGUUCUGGAAGCAAUACAGAAGAAGCUUUCCCGCUUGUCUGCUGAGGAACAAGCCAAAUUUCGCUUGGACAACACCCUUGGGGGCACGUCAGAAGUCAUCCAUAGAAAAGCACUCCAGAGGAUAUAUGCUGAUAAAGCAGCUGACAUCAUUGAUGGUCUGAGAAAGAAUCCUUCCAUCGCUGUCCCAAUUGUCCUUAAAAGGUUGAAGAUGAAAGAGGAAGAAUGGCGAGAAGCUCAGAGAGGCUUUAACAAAGUAUGGCGAGAACAAAAUGAGAAAUACUACCUGAAGUCUCUGGACCACCAGGGGAUCAACUUUAAACAAAAUGACACCAAGGUCCUGAGGUCUAAGAGCUUACUCAAUGAGAUUGAGAGUAUCUAUGAUGAGAGGCAAGAGCAGGCUACGGAAGAGAAUGCUGGUGUACCUGUUGGGCCCCACCUCUCGCUUGCGUAUGAAGACAAACAAAUACUGGAAGAUGCUGCUGCUCUGAUUAUCCAUCAUGUGAAGAGGCAGACAGGCAUUCAGAAAGAGGACAAGUAUAAGAUAAAGCAAAUCAUGCAUCAUUUUAUUCCAGAUUUGCUCUUCGCCCAGAGAGGUGAUCUUUCGGAUGUGGAGGAAGAGGAAGAAGAAGAGAUGGAUGUAGAUGAAGCCACAGGGGCAGCUAAGAAGCACAAUGGUGUUGGGGGCAGUCCCCCUAAGUCCAAGUUACUGUUUAGUAACACAGCAGCUCAAAAAUUAAGAGGAAUGGAUGAAGUAUACAACCUCUUCUAUGUCAAUAACAACUGGUAUAUUUUUAUGCGACUGCACCAGAUUCUCUGCCUGAGGCUGCUACGGAUCUGUUCCCAAGCUGAACGGCAAAUUGAAGAAGAAAACCGAGAGAGAGAAUGGGAACGGGAAGUGCUGGGCAUAAAGCGAGACAAGAGUGACAGCCCUGCCAUUCAGCUACGUCUCAAAGAACCUAUGGAUGUUGAUGUAGAAGAUUAUUACCCAGCUUUCCUGGACAUGGUGCGGAGCCUGCUGGAUGGCAACAUAGACUCAUCACAGUAUGAAGAUUCGCUGAGAGAGAUGUUCACCAUUCAUGCCUACAUUGCCUUUACAAUGGACAAACUGAUCCAGAGCAUUGUCAGACAGCUGCAGCAUAUUGUGAGUGAUGAGAUCUGUGUACAGGUGACUGACCUUUACCUGGCAGAAAAUAAUAAUGGGGCCACUGGAGGCCAGCUGAACACACAGAACUCAAGGAGCCUCCUGGAGUCAACAUAUCAGCGGAAAGCCGAGCAGCUAAUGUCAGAUGAGAAUUGCUUUAAGCUUAUGUUUAUUCAAAGCCAAGGGCAGGUCCAGCUGACUAUUGAGCUUCUGGACACAGAAGAGGAGAAUUCAGAUGACCCUGUGGAAGCAGAGCGCUGGUCAGACUAUGUGGAGCGAUAUAUGAAUUCUGAUACUACCUCGCCUGAGCUUCGCGAACAUCUAGCACAGAAACCAGUAUUUCUUCCGAGGAAUCUGCGGCGGAUCCGGAAGUGUCAGCGUGGUCGAGAGCAGCAGGAAAAGGAAGGGAAGGAAGGAAACAGUAAGAAGACCAUGGAGAAUGUGGAUAGUCUGGAUAAGCUGGAGUGUAGAUUCAAGCUGAAUUCCUACAAGAUGGUAUACGUGAUCAAGUCAGAGGACUAUAUGUAUCGGAGGACCGCCCUGCUCCGGGCUCAUCAGUCCCAUGAGCGUGUAAGCAAGCGUCUACAUCAGAGAUUCCAGGCCUGGGUAGAUAAAUGGACCAAGGAGCAUGUGCCCCGUGAAAUGGCAGCGGAAACCAGCAAGUGGCUCAUGGGUGAGGGGCUGGAGGGCCUGGUGCCCUGUACCACCACCUGUGAUACAGAGACCCUGCAUUUUGUGAGCAUUAACAAGUAUCGUGUCAAAUACGGCACAGUAUUCAAAGCCCCUUAACUGCAGAGCCAGAGCAGAUAACUUGGGGUGUGUGUGUGUGUGUGUGUGGGCCUGCCUAUGCACUCACACACUGAAGAAACAAGGAAGAUGCCUUUCAAGCCUCACUGGGCCUCUCUGGGACAUGGCCACGUGACCUGUGUGUGGCUGGUGCAGCCUGGCGCCAAGUGGGCUACUUUAGGAACAUGAAUACCUUACAAAGCUGAAGCUGGAACUUUUCCCAAAGGGUUUUUGGUAUAGCCUGCCUUGGAGGGGAAGGAAGUCCAUGCAAGCAAAAACAUGCUGUUUGCUUGCAUACACCAGCAGAGCUAAGACUGGAGUCACCUGUGGCCUAACUUUCAAUGAGGGAACCGGAUGCUAUUCACACUUUGACUGUUUGGAGAUGCAUUUACAAAACAGACUGGGGAACGAUUUAAUACUCAGAUGGAUUGGAACUAUGAUGGUCACUGCUCCUCUCCCCUCCCCACAAAAGGAAAAAAAACUGGAUUUGAUUUUUUUUUUUUUUUUUCUGGUCACCUGAGCACAUCUAAGGUCACCCAUUAGGUUUUAUCUGGGACCUGCAGUUUGGCUUUGGGAUAGAUCAUCUUGUGGAUUUUAUUCCUGAUGAAUCCCUUGCUGCCUACCCUUUUCUCUCCUCUGGUUCUCAGCCUCAACAAGUUCAAAUCAGUCGUCCUUUUUAGCUCCCGUGGAACUGUUUUGUAUCUGCCUCUUUACUAGUCUGCCCUAGUGCCAUCCACCAGCUUUACUCUCUGAGACACACACACGCGCACACACACACACACAAUUUUAACUUGUUUUUUUGUACAUAAUGUACAUACUGUCAAUUUUUUAUUAAAAGAAAUAUGCUUUGAUGUGCUAGCAUAACUGCUCUAGCUUCUUGUGUACUAUAGUACUAUGUGGCUUCAGAUUUAGUACCUAUGAACAGAUGUACAAGACAUUUAUUACACUUUUUACCAAAGGGAGUUACCAUUGUAGUACUUUUGUGUAAAACUUGUCUUCCCCUUUGCCCCGGACUUUUUUUUUUUUUUUUUUUUUUUUUUUGUAAAUAAAUAAAGCUUGGUUCUUACUUAA